GGGUCCCGAUGGUGCCGGAGUUGCAAGCAUGGGCCGUGGGCACGGCCGUGGAAGGGGCAGAGGGCGAGGAGGCAGAUUUGGCAGCAGCAACUUCAAUGGAGGCCGUGGUAAUGGAGGAUAUGGCAGCAACAACAAUGGCUACGGGCGUGGGCGCGGUCGAUUUGAUGGCGAAUGCCACUUUUGCCACAAGACCGGCCACAUGUGGAGAGAUUGCUUCAAACUACCUGAUGGCUGGACCCCAUCUCAAGGCCAAGAGGGCAGAGGAGCAAGGGGAGGAAGAGGCAGAGGUCGUGGAGGCCGUGGUGGCCGUGGAGGCGAAGCGGCAAGCAUGAAAGGUGGAGACUACGACAAGGACUCGAGUGAAGAUCGAUACCCGGGCCAAUUCUUCUUUGUCUCCACGCAAGCGGCAGCUGCAGCAGGAGGUGUGGAAGGCUUUGAGGAGCCAGCUACUGUGGGAAAGGUCACCCUUCACUCUCUGGACUUUU